AUGGUUGAGUUCAUGGAGAAGGUGGUUACCGCGGCUUCGGAAGGGGAGGAGCUCACGGUGGAGGAGCGAAACCUCCUCUCCGUCGCCUACAAAAAUGUCAUCGGAGCUCGUCGUUUGAUCGAGCAGAAGGAGGAGAGUCACGGCAACGAAAACCACAUCUCUGUCGUUCGCGACUACAGAUCUCGCAUCGAGAAGGAGCUCUCUGACAUUUGCGAUGGAAUCUUGAAGCUUCCAGAUACUAAGCUUGUUUCUGCUGCAAGUUCCGGUGAUUCCAAGGUGUUGUAGGGGAGGUGGGAAGGAGACGAGAAUGGCAGUGAGCAAGGGGGGCAGCCAUGAAAAAACCAUCUCUCUCGCCGGAAAAUCAAAAUCCGGUAGAAUCCUUGAGGUGGGUUAA